AACGAGAAGACCCUCUCCCCACAGCCUAUGAUACUGGGUGUCUCUCACAACUUUCAAUCGUGCCUUUCUGCAUUGCACGCCAGUGCAGAACUGAACAUCUCCCACUACCCAGAAGCUUACAAAGGUUGAAUUGUGCAGGAUCAGCUACCAAGAUGAUGGGACUCCAACAUUUACUUGGUUGGCGACGUACGCAGCCCAGCCGAAUGAUCAUUCCUACGAGCGAUGAAGACGGCGAGGAGGAACUCUUCCUUCCUUCUGAGCCCCACAAGAAGAGACGUUUCGAAGAGACAAGACCCGAAGCGCUGCCAUGGAUGAUUUCGACUUUCACACUGGGCGCAUGCCUCCUCGUCCUCCUUCUGCUCGCGUAUCCGGCGUCCGGUGGUCAGAGCUACGAGGUUGGAUACGCGACCGAGAUGCAGGCUGCCAUACCGCAGAUCGAGCUGGAACGAGUCCGAUUCUGGGGCGGGAUCAAAGCCGAUGAGAAUGGCACGUUCUACAUGCAUUUCAACCCCGCCGAUAAGGUGCGAUACGUUGGGAAGCCCACGCGCGAGCUGGAUGCGGCCUGGGAUCGUUUGGCUGGACAGUUCAUUCCUCUCACGCAAGAGGAAUCUGAGAGUGUGGAGGGAGAUAUAUCGGAGCACGAUGGCAUCUACUUGGCUGCCAUAGUCUUCACUGCUUGGUGGGCCAUGCAAACCCCCUUGUUCCCCACCAGCUUGCCAAUGAUUGACACCCUCCAGAACUACCUACGGCAAGCUAUCUACGAUGAUUACUAUCCUUCCAUUCAUGAGAUUCGUCCGCAUAUCCCCGAAUACUGGUUGCACGUGGACCAUUGCAUCGAGACUUUGCGACAAGAGAUUCAGUGCGCAGGGGAUCUAACCCCGGUGCCUAAGGUGUGGAAUGAACAUGCGGGGCAACUGUUAGCUGAUAUUGAGGCCACGCACACCUGUCGCAAGUUUGAGCGGAUUCUCGAAUGGACGGAGAAUCGUUAG